AUGAGGCCGUUCGGUCAAGAGGACGUCUGCGAUAGGGAAAUAUAUCAGAAGAAGCUAGGGAUACCAACAAAUGCGGAGCUCCCUCAGCUUUUAAUAACAGACUCUAGUACUGUGAUACUGGAGCACCGUGGCUUCUGGUUCAUGGCUGGAUGUGGGAGUAUCUCCGGACCCAAUCCUUCUAGAAGGAUUCGAGGCCUCUCUCUGAUGGGUCGACUGUCAAUCAUGGGCAUCUUUCCCGGGCCUUUGGCACUUCUUCACCCAGGAUCAGGACCAGGAGCACCUGGUAUGUUCUCUGCUCCAGUCCCGACACGAGGCAAACCUGUCACGUUCCUGCAAAUCGCCUGGGUCCCGCAGAGUAAGGAGAGCAGUUCAUGGUGCGGGCGGGAAAAUGGCCGAGAGAGGAAACCCAACAGGUGGUCCGAGUAUUCCGUAGUGAGAUGCAAAGGCGGAGGCGUUGGGGGAGGCGUGAAAACUGGGGAACCAAGCUUGGGCAGGCAUCACCAUGAGGCGGUCUUGGCUCGCAGCGACCUGCAGAAUUUUCCAUCACUAUCCCUGUCCCAAGGCCAAGAAUGCAAUUUUGGGCGAAUUGAAAGGAUAUUGGCCUCAUGUUGGCUAGCGCUAACCGGUCAAGACAUUUCCCGAUGCCUCCUGGUGCGACCUCUGGUUUGGGAGACAGCCAGAAGCAAGACUCAUCGGCGAGAGAGACACAUGACGACGGAUUUCAGCAACCUCGCGCUUCGACGCCAGCGGGAGUCUCCAAGUAGUCUUCAGCGCCGGACAUCGGAACAUUGUUGCUGGUUGCCGGUUACUCAAGGGACAUUGCUUUCGUGUUUCGAUCUUGAUACGGGAAGCGAAAAGGCACUAAUAUAUCCUCAAGAAAUGAUCCUCCUCAAUCAACCAUUUGAGGACGCAGCUCUCCGCUCUGUCAUUCCGCAUCAGCCAGUAUGGUUUCGUCCCGUGAAAAGUCCCUUAGCCCACCACGUCUCAUCCCAAAAACGGCAGGCUAAUAAUGAAAUGGGGGAUUCAUUGGACUAUGGUCGUACAGGGAAGCCGGUUUCCAAUAAACCUGGCACGUACGCGCUGCGACCCCAAGUCUUUGUGUCACAUACCAUUCUGAUCUGCCUCAAGACUCAGGAGGUGAGAGCCAGAGAACGUGGCCGCGUCGCUGUUAACUGUCUUGGUGGCGCUGUUAGCAUUGUCACCCUGUGCCUUUUCCUUUCGCUCGCCACAGCCGUGUCGCGGCAUAUCGGUCUGGAGAACCUUGUCGCGUGGCGGCGCCAUUCUGAAGCCUUCACAGAUUGCGUGGCUUCGGCCACUGUUAACCACUUGUGGCCUCGCUUCCCGCCAUGCAGGGCCGUAACCCGGUGCUGCAACUUUCAGAUCAACAAGCUUGUUCAAGCAUCAGAACGGCUGAUGAGACACGGUGCAAGCGAUGAGAGCAUGAGUCGUCUUCUUCUGCUAUGUCCUUCCCCAUUAUCAAUUCCGGAGUUCGAAAAUAUUGACUUUGAUGAGUUUUGCCUAACGGUUUGGAUAGACCCGGAGCAUCUGACCAAUCAAGGCAACACGGGAGAUGAAGAGCGAUGUCACGCUGUGGACGCCACGUGGAUACCUCAAAUGAUACCAGCCUCGGUGUCAGCAUGCGUGAUUUGUCCAAUUUCAAGACCUCAGAAGCGACUCCGAAUCGAACAUCGUGAGUCUCCAAGGGGCAGCCGUUAUGCGCAGCUCAUGCUGCGGCAAGUCAUCCUCCAAUUGGUAACCCCGCCCAGAUCUAGAGGCGAUGAACUUUCCAAGUGCACCUGGUACAGAUUGCCUCAGCUGGCGCGGAGUCUUCGACGCGACCUGUACGAAGAAGCGGGAGAAGGUUGUUCUGCACUGCAGGCUGUGACAUGCAUCAUUUGCAAAUUUCUGUGUAUUUGGGCACUAUCCCAGUUGCGGAAGGAAAGUUUUGAAGCUCAAUUAUUAGUACUAGAGGCAUAUAUUGUUACCGUACUAGAUAUUUGGGAGCACCGCCAAGGCACAACCCCACGGGAGAAGGACGGACUGACCCGGGACACCGAGUGUCAAAUGGCCACUGGAUUAUACGACAACCAGUGGUGGAACUUCUUCUUGGUCGCACAAGAAGAAUCACGUGACCUCCUCGGACGAACACGGACCGGAGCCAUGCGGGCAGAACAGCCACCCGCGACGGUUCCGGGGGAAUCACUGUCUCUACUACCGUAUGGAGCUGGGGAAGCAUGGCAGAGUAGGAGGCGAAGGCAGCGGAGCUUGACAAGCAGCACCAGCCUUGGCUGGGGCUCGGAGCCUGGGACUGGGGGCUCAGAGCCUGGGACGCAGCUCGGGAUCUGGAGAUAUUAUGUUCCGAAGCUCGGUGUAUAUAAGGAGAGCCUUCGGCUCUCUUAG